AUGACCGCAGCAAAUUGCACUUCCAACAAAGAACUGUUCAUGAUGGUAUCUCUGCGAGCAGCUGGAAAGCAGAAGGAGGGCAUCCAACCUCUCUACGUCCCUUCCAACGAUUAUGCAACCUCCUACAGAUCCAACUGGUUUACCCCAGACAAUGGCAUCUUAGACCCUCAAGACCUUGAACUUCUACAGCACAUCAACUGCUCCUACUUCUCGUCCGGCCGUCCUCCCACCCUUCUCGCCCUCAAGCAGCAUGCCCAAUCUCUCACCAACAUCAUCCGCAAGCUUGCUCCGUCUACUGCCACUCGUCCUGUAGGCACAGGGGACGUAGAUUCUGGAAGAUGGAACUUCCACAAGAACGAGGCUUUUGACUGGUUGAACGACCUCAACACUCCUUAUGAGAACGAUGACCCGUCUCAUCAUGAUCCUCUCUUUGCUCUUCACAAUGUCGUCAAGUGUGAGUCUGAAGUGCACGGGAUCGAACAUCGUUGUCCUUUGACACAAGUUGAGGAUUUUGGUCCUUCGGCCAAGGAGGGAGAUGUUCGUCGUCCUUACAUGACACACCACGAUCUUAUAAUGCAUGCCAACGAGUGUCUUGAAAUCAUCGAUCACGAGUACUCAUCUACUGGUGGCUUAAUGUCGAUUCUUCCAACUGGUUUCGAAGACCCUGAUGAUAAGAAAAAGAACCAUCCUCUUAGAGAAUUGCAACUCGAAGCUGCUCGCAACUGUCUUCUUGGUCAAUGGAUUCUUCAUCACCAACAUCUCGUCGGUCGUAUACACGAACUCGAAAUCAACUACGGCAACGCUACCGAUGUCCUUAAAGGAGAAGCCCUCGUCCCGCACCAGAUGCUGAGCCGCGCCAGUGCCGAUGGCGUCUCAGGGGGUCGCGAGAUUGUCUAUCCACAGGAUAAGUACAUCCUCGUGAACUGCGGCGAAGAUAUCAGAAGCUACAUCCACCGUCUUAUAGAUGUUGCCGAAGCUCAGGUCGAGCAGAAGGAGAAGAUCUGGAAGGCAAGCGGUGUCAUUGGCGAACGAAUCUGGAACGAAGAACGGGGCGGCAAAGUCUACGCCAAAGGCAUCGUCCCUAUAGAUCUUCUAACUCGCUUCUACCGCAUCAAGGGCAAGGGGCAUCAGUCUCCCCUCUUUGUCAUACCAGCAGCCGAGCAGCAUCCUGGCGUGGAGAGCACACGACUCAUGGAGGAGAGACCUACCGUGGUAUCCAUCGUGACCCCAACAUGGCCUGAGCGGGUGUCUGCCAUUGAGGCAAAGAACAAAGAGCGUCUGGAGAGAGCGGACAAGUUGGUGUCUGAGAAUCAGUUCCUGGUUCGUGAGAUGGCUGAGAUGAAGGAUAAAUUGGCUGUUCAAAAUUCAGAGAUCAAGCGCAUGACUGAUCAGUUGGCUUGGUAUGAAAAGCACACGGAAACUGUUGAGAAUGAACCACAGGAUUAA